GCUGCGGGGAAGCCGGGCAUUUCCAGGAUCAAUGCCCGGUGAUGGAGGUAGAGACAUUGGUCCAGGUCCCCGAUGCACAACAGGCCACCCCUGUCGAGCAGGUUGUUAUGAAUGCUGUAUGCGCUGUCUGGGAGGGGUGCCAUACGUCUCUCUGGUGGCCACUCUACUUUGUUUCUCUGGCAUCGCUCUGUUCUGUGGCUGUGGACAUCAGGCCCUUACAGAGAGCGAGAGACUCAUCGAAACCUACUUCACCCGAGACCAUCAGGACUACAUCACCCUAGCGUACCUUAUUGAGUAUUUCCAGUACAUCAUCUAUGGACUGGCCUCCUUCUUCUUUCUGUACUGUAUAGUCCUGCUGGCUGAAGGUUUUUACACCACCAGUGCAGUGCGGCAAACGUUUGGAGAAUUUCGUAGUACCGUUUGUGGCCGCUGUCUCAGCACAACGUUCAUUGUGAUUACAUACUUCCUGGUUGUGGUCUGGUUAUUGGUGUUCUCCCUGUCUGCACUUCCUGUCUACUUUUUCUACAACAUGGCAAACACCUGUCAGACCAUUAACUUCCUGUCUGAGACGGCCUCCAGCAUCAACCAGCUGUGCAUCGAUGCCAGACAGUACGGUUUACUUCCAUGGAAUGCAGUGCCAGGGAAGGCUUGUGGAAUGGCCCUGUCUAAUGUAUGCAAAACAAGAGAGUUUUUCCUGACCUAUGAUCUCUACAUUGCUGCCUUCGCUGGAGCGGGGAUGACAGUCUUGGCUCUGCUCACAUAUACUGUGUCCACCACCUAUAACUUUGCUGUUCUACGGUAUCUGGGGAGGAAAGGCAUCAGUCCACGAUGUUAGCAUCUGCUCUGUCCUGCUGUCCACCACACGUCCAUCUACUGCCAAUAACAGCACCAUAUUGGAGCACUUUAGAGUUCCUUAUCUACACCUUUUCCACACAACAACACCUUUUCUUGACUCUCUUUUAGAUUUCUUUUGUUUCAAAGAUUUACAUUUUUGAAUCUUAGCUCCAAAAUAACAAUUGUUUUUGCCUAUUUUUUUUUUUUUUUUUACUCCUGCGGCAUCAUACCCAUUUUUAGAGAAAUAUGCUGCCUUCCAGUCAACCCUGGGAAGUUCGUGUUUGACAUUCGAUUUAAGUUUAAACUUCAUAUAAAGUUUCACAUUUGGUAGUCAUGAUUGAAUUAAAGUGUGUUUAAGUGAUUUUGAUCAAGAACAAAUGAAUUUGUUGGUUUUCAUAUUUAUUUCAGUCUUUUUCACUUGUCAACAAACGUUCAGCUCUAAUGCUGAAAAAUGAAGCGCAAAAGAAGCAUGUAUUGUGUGUACUUAAUGACUGAUCUGUGCAAAUGUUCUGUAAUAGCAUGAGAAUGUUUAUCGUUCUCAUGCUGUUACAGAAAAUAAUGGAAAAUGCAGUAAUGUUAGCUUGUUAAACCAGUAGUAUUGUUGGUAAUAUUGGGUAAUAAUAGGUAGUUUUCUGGCAAGCUUUAUCACUUUUUUUCAUCAACAGAACACAAUGCAUACAAACUAAAAUGUACAGUCAGCAUUCAAAAAUCCUGAGUUUCCCAUAUGUAAUUAUGUUGGUUUGACAAAGCCAACAUACUGUUAUUCUGCAGACUUGAUUUAGGGUUCUUCCAAAAUCCCUAAACCAAGACUGAAAUUAUCGAUUGUAACUCCUCCAAGAGCUUUCUACAUCCACCAAACUCACAACAGACCUUCAGACUGUUCUGACGUGGAUUGUUAUGUCUUUUCUAACUUAUUGAACGUACAGUUUUCCAUUAACGGACAACCAAAUAAUCCUAAAAACUCCCAUAGACUUCCACUGAUGGAAUGUUCAAACGGCCCAAGACUCUAGGUGCGUCCCAAACCAUACACUUCUGCACUAUUCUACAUCAUUUGAUAG